GGGGAGACAGCUCCAUGACUGCCAUACCCAAGAACCAAGAAACCAACAUGGCAGUAGUGAACUGAAACCUGGCUCUGUCAGUAAGUGAAAUACUCGGUGAGUAAAAUUUCCCGGGCUGUUGUAUCUUUUUUGCUUGCAGAAAUCAACUGCCUGGUACUGGAUGUGAGUCUCACAGCGUCUGAGGUUUUACAUACUCAGCAAAGUGGUUCCGCAAAGGGUUUAUAUCUUGAUGCUUCGUGUGAAUAGUGCAACAUCUACUGGCCUGAAUGCAAGUACAAACGUCAAAUUGAAUACGCUGUGUGAGUCAGUGGCGCGGCAAGUCUGCCCUCAGUCCCACGAAGAAGAACAACUUCCGGCAGCGCUUGAGGAUAGCAUCACAGAAACACAGGAAUGGCUGAACCUCCUAAAAGGCGAUAUUCAUCUGUAUCCCGAAGGACCGCUCCCGACAAGAAACCACGUUCAACGGCAAAGAAAAGAAGCAACACGAGUAAAUCUCGGUGUGGCUUUACGCCGCUGGAGACGGCUCCUGAGAGGAAAGAGAUGCGGUUUGAUGCCGAGCUCGCAACUUUCCUGUUAGCCCGGCUGAUGAUCUCGUCGGCGGGGGGACCCGGGUCACCGCCCUCCCCGGCUCUCUGACCAAACACAAAAGGUGUUUCCUCCCCGUGUCACCCUGGUCACUUUCACCUGUCACUCAGACUUUCUCCGUGUCACCCAGCGUCUGCGGAGGGCGGCUCCAGCAGAGGACGACAUUCGCCUUUCUCCCAUCAGCCCCUCUACCACCCCCCCCUCCUCCAGUCAACCUCCUCUCUGUCCCCAGCGACGGCCCCUCCCAUCAAAGCCAUAACCUCUCCUAAUCCCCCCACCCCUUGUUGCCCUGGAGACGGCUCAGACGAGCAGGUGAUGCAUUGACAGGGAGCAGAUGGUUCCCUGUGGAGAGACCCGUUUAUGUGUCUUUUGUCAACAAGGCCAUCUUGUGGGAUAGAGGACUCUGCCACUUCACCGCCCAGGCUCGUCCAGUUUGUCGUCCCUUGCUGUGUCCGCGCUUCUUGUCUCAUAUGAAAGCUCGUCCUGAAGACUUCAGACCUCCUUGUUUCCUGAGCACCAAGUCCAGAGUGCAGCCUCCACCCCAGGGGAAGACGCUGCAUACACACAUCCUCGCUGCCCCAAAGACCCAAGCGCCGGAGGGAUCCUUCCGUCUCAGUCCAGACAGGAGAAGAAGUGCUGUGCAGAACGAGAGACGGCGCUCUGCUGUUGUUGUUCCAUGUCCUCUUCUCCCCGCCGCCCCACCGCCAUCCACCAUCAAUCCAACUCCCCCUCACCACAACACCCUGCCCCUCCACUCUGGAAGAAAAGAAAUCAACCCGAGCACUGUGCCAGCAUCUCCCUCCCUCUCUCAUCCCGCUCCACAGGAGGAAGAUGAAUCUCAGGAGAGGGAGAAAGCAGCACGAGCUGCUGCGGCGUCCGUCAUCACGGAGCCGCACCGGGAACUGCUGCUGCACCCCGGGGCCGCUGGGUUAGAGCACCCGGCGUCACCGACCUCCCUCUCCCAGGGGUCGCUCUCAGAUUUAAGUCGUCCACCUUCCAGUUUAUUCAGCCGGAGCACCGACCUCACCAGCGGCAGGAGCAGCAUCCUGUCCGCAGAUAUCAGGGACUGGGACUCAGAGGGAGGUGGUUGUUUCCGCCCUCCCCAGCCUUCUCCAGUGGUGCAGUUACCUCUGGCCUCUCACCCUCCAGCUGGAUCCAACCCUCACCGAUCCCCAACGAUCGCCAGCGCCAACCCUCCUCUCUACGAGCCGCUCUUCGGCCGAACCAAACCGCUCUCGUCUCGCUCGGCUUCAGGCCUCCACCCUGAUUCGGAUAAACCUCUGAGCAGAAGCACAAAAGCAUCAGAACAUCUGCACCCAGGUGCGGCGGUAGGUCCUGGUCUCGACCCCUCUUUGGACUCUGAUCAUGGCCGUGUUACACUGACUUUCCCCUCAGCCACUUGGUCUUCCUGCCCAAGUCCCCAGAGGACCACUCCCCGCUCAGGGUCAGGAGCAAAGCUGACCCCUUCCCCUGCAGCGAGCGGGCUGGAGAGUCAUCGCUGGCCUGUCCUGCCGCCCAUCUCCCCCGUCAGAGGACGCUGUGGCACGGCAGCGUCACGCUACUCGGAGCUCAGCUGCAGUCGGUCUCAUGUGUUUGAUGAACUGGAGGCCAUCGCCCCUCGGUCUACUUCCUGUCCAUCUCAGGACCCUGCGUCAGACUCCUCAGGCUGCCCUUCACCUGAUACAGAGCUGUCUCCUGGCCUGGCAGCGCUGACGGUGGGCUGUGACUCAGGGAAUCUGGGCUCCCUGUCCCGGGUCCAGCUGCUCCUCUUGGACCGACCGGAGCCUGAGACCCUGGAGAGUCCCUGCGAUCCGGAGGAGGAGCUCUCAUCAGAGCAGGACUGGAUCAACCUGAGGAUGCAGUACGACCCACGACUGACCUCAGAAGGUGUUGUGAGGCCCCUCACAGCUGGCAGCAUCUCUGAAAGGUGUGACUCCGCAGGGAAAGUCCGGGAAAACAAAUCGCAUCAGUCUGACGGAGGCUCCGGCUCGCCAUCUUCAUGGAUCAUAGACCAGAGUCCAUCGUACGACAUGUUCAGAUCCUCGUAUUCUCCCUGCCCGUCCAAUCACAGUUCCAGCACAGAUGAAGGGGGCCCCACCGAGGAGGAGCCCAAUUAUCCAGGACAGAGGGGCCAAGUUGAGUCCUGGCACGGAGGGAGGAGCCCCGAGAGUCUCGAAAGGAGGAUGGACGAGAAGAAAACUAAGGUGCUGAACAUGCUUUCCAAACUGCAGGACGACACGCCUCGCAAGAAAGGCAGCAGCAAAGGCUGCUCCAAUUUUGAAGACUUUGAAUUUUUGGCAAAGUAUUGCAUUUUCAGUCAAGAGAAGCUGGACGAGUACAAAAGAGCUUUUCAAGCAGAGGACAGUGAUGGUGACGGCUACAUCUCCUGCCUUCAGGUUCUACUUGCUCUUAAAAACAUCAUCCCUCCCGAGCUGCUGUCUGACGAAGAGGAGAUCUACGUCUACAGGAUCCUGGAGAUGGUGGACUUCAGGGUGACGGAUGGGCUCGUGGACCUGAGGCUCUUCGCUGUGAUUGCGAGCCUGGCGCAGAAAAUAGCCGCCAUGGAUGAGUUCAUGCGAUCGCUCGUCAGCAGUAUGGACUUCCGCUCCCUGGAAGUGAGGGUCUUCAAAGCGAAGCAACUGUUCCUGUUCCUCCUGGAGGAGCAGCGAGGAGACGCAGGAGCGCAGCAGGGAUUCAUCAGCGCAGAGCAGCUGCUCCUGGAGCUGAAGGCCGGGGGGAUCCAUGUGGAGCAGGAGGCGGCCAUCAGACUGGAGCUGCAGCACAUUCCCCCGCUGGACCUGCUGGACUUCCUGGCCUACCUGCCCCUCUUCAUGCUCAUUCACAAGUCGGUCAUCUCCAACCCUUUCAAUGACUCCGGCACCUCAGCCACGGCUCAGUCGGCCCCGUGAGGCUCAGGUAUCGGCGCCACUGCCACCGCACGCAUCACUGCUGUAGUGAACACAACAGGUUACAUUAAGGGGAGUGAACUGGGCACUGAAGUCAUUAUGCGAAGCAAUCAGUGCAAACAUGCUGUUCAAAAGCCAGUGAUCGCUCUUUUUGUUUCUAGCACUAGACGUGAAUCAACCUGAGAUCUUCACUUAAUUUACAUACUAACAACAAAAGACAUGAAUACACGGUGAACAAUAAUUUACCAAAGCGUCACAGUAAAGCUCUUUUGUACAUUUAAAAGAGCUACAUACAGGUUUUGCUAUUGCUACAUAGCCAACAUUAGCAUUAACAGCUGCUGCAAGUUCAUUAUCAAACUUUUUUUCCCUUUACUCACUAAGAGCUGUCUCCAGCAGUUGUGUUUUGCUUCUAUAACUUCUUUUCUUCUGCUGAAGUUAGCAUGCUAACCAGCUAGCUCCAGCUCUGCCGGCCCCUCUCCUCACUUUCCGAUACCGAGUCAGUGAAGCGUCCAGUUUGUCCUGAAAAAGUAGCGCUGCUCAGAGGAUGUAUUAUACCCUCUUGUCUUGUAAAUGCAACAAUGGCUGAAGUUCUUAGACUGUUUCAGCUCCGUAUCAGAAACGAUCUCCAUCCAGACUACCUCACCUGAAAACACACACAUACCUGAGCAAUCACUGCUGAUUAAUGCUAAUGUUAGCUAUGUAGCAAUAGCAGUACUUACAGAUUGCUCCUUUAAAAAAUUUAAUUUCACUACAAGUUAAAAUUGCAGUGAAAUCAGCUGACAAAGGUGGAGCAACACCUCAUGAUACUUAAAGAUGUUUUUGAUGACACCCCCCCCCCCCCCCCCCCAAUCCAGAUGUGUGUAGAUAACGCUACAAGGAGAAUCAGUAUUAAAACGGCCUGUCACAGAACCUUUCACAGAGCUGUGAAGUGCUGUCUAUGGUGCUGAAAUGUUCUGCGGCUGUGCACGUUCUCAUCUGUCACUGCAACGAGUGUUGACUGAGGAGCUGUUAUACAGGCUGGAUUAGAGACGAACUGUGAAACGUCUUUUAGAAAACUGCAGUGACGCUCUGCUGAAGGGGAGUGCUUCAUGUGAAUGUGCUGAUGCAACAACUUGCUUGUUGUUGUGGAGUAAAAAACAAAAAAAACCAAAACAAUAUUUGAGCAGGUAGCAGCAGAGACUGUUGCCCUCGUCUAUCCAACCUAAUCAACACUGAUGAAUGAAUGCGGUUCAUACACACCGGACAGAGGAGGAAAACAUGAGGGGCUCUGACAGGCAGAGACCCAGGACUGUUAGCUCAGGGCCGUCCUGUAAGCAGCAUGUCAUCAUGUAGAGGAAAGUGUAACUCUACAGGCUGAUGUUCAACCUGCUUUUAAAAUGAGAUUCUGAUGUUGAUUAAAAAAAAACCAAACAGAUAAUUAUCAGUGCUCCUCUUUGAUAUCCUCUCCGUUCGUCCUUAUCUUACUGUCUCCUUCAUCAGUGUCACGGCCGUGUAAUUAAAACACAGCAAGAACCUGACAGGGCAGUUUGUGUAAAUCUCACUCUGCUGCUAAAAAGGUUCGGGAAUUAGUUUCUUAAAAACACCAAACUUAUAUAAUAUAUAAUAGGUUUGUUUGAGGUCUAGAGAGCAAACGAUGUAUUUACAGGUAUUUACUGUUGCAUCAACAUUGUGCCACCGGCGGAAGAGAAAUAAAAUUUCAUGAUGAGAAAUAAAACGUUUGUUUGCAGGUAAAAAUAAACUGGCAAAGAUCCAACUCUGUGGAAGACGUGUUUACCCACAGUGCAUGUUCAUGUGUGGGUGUGUACACGGGUGGAGGUGUGUUGUAUGUUUCUGCCUGUGUUUAACGUUGCCUCUCUCAUAUUGUCUUUUAUGUGGCACCUCAGAGUUUUCAAGAUCAUUUUGUUUCUUGUCUGAAUGAACUGGAAUAAAUAAAUUAUGUUGAUAUGAAUCUCA